CAAACAUCGAAUUAGAUGCACGGAACCAUGCAGCUUUUGAAGAUUUUGUCGCUGGGCAUCCUUCUCACCGUGUUGGGAUGCAUUAGUGCAGAAGAGUACACCCUUUUCGACUGCAGCGUGAAGUACAAGUGCUCGGGGGAAAAGGCACUGGUCUGGGCCACAGCUGAUGAGCGAUGCUUCGUCUUUCACAAUAAAUGUCUAAUGAUGGUGGAGCAGUGUGCUCGUAGUUUCAGCGGAAGAUCGGAGCUGAUCGAAACGGAUAGGGAAACCUGCAAGCCAACCUGCACCAAGGACUGCUUGGAUUUGUAUGAACCGGUGUGCGCGCAGAUCUUCCAGGAGGAGUACAUCACGUUCAGCAACGAGUGUGAGAUGCGCAACAACCUUUGCGAGAAUGAGAGACCUUACUCCUACUUUGCCAUUGGGGAAUGCGUUGAGAGUCCAGUGGGAUAGCUAAUGACGAACAAAAAUAUGUGUGUUGUAAGCAAAUAAAGCAUUCUCUGAUACUAAA